AUGCUGCUGGAAACGGAGCUUGACCAGGGCGGGGACACCCUGUGCACCUUCGGGGGAACACGGGGGGUGACUCAGACGCGAGUGGCGCUGGGAGACCAGGGUGGCGUCCGGCCCUCGCGGGGUCAGGUGGCCAUCAUCGCGAAGCCUCCUGAGCGCGAAGUUCCCGAGGCCAAACCUCAGGAGAUCCCGCUGUGCGCCGGCUGCGACCAGCACAUCCUGGACCGCUUCAUCCUGAAGGCGCUGGACCGGCACUGGCACGGCAAGUGCCUCAAGUGCAGUGACUGCCACGCGCCGCUGGCCGAGCGCUGCUUCAGCCGGGGCGAGAGCCUGUACUGCAGGGACGACUUCUUCAAGCGCUUCGGGACCAAGUGCGCCGCGUGCCAGCUGGGCAUCCCGCCCACGCAGGUGGUGCGCCGUGCCCAGGACUUCGUGUACCACCUGCAUUGCUUCGCCUGCGUGGUGUGCAAGCGGCAGUUGGCCACGGGCGACGAGUUCUACCUCAUGGAGGACAGCCGGCUGGUGUGCAAAGCAGACUAUGAGGCCGCCAAGCAGCGAGGUGGGAGGGAGGAGGCCGAGGCCACCGCCAAGCGGCCGCGCACGACCAUCACAGCCAAACAGCUGGAGACGCUGAAGAGCGCGUACAACACCUCGCCCAAGCCCGCGCGACACGUGCGCGAGCAGCUGUCCUCUGAGACCGGGCUGGACAUGCGCGUGGUGCAGGUCUGGUUCCAGAACCGCCGGGCCAAGGAGAAGAGGCUGAAAAAGGACGCAGGCCGGCAGCGCUGGGGACAGUACUUCCGCAACAUGAAGCGAUCCCGCGGCAACUCCAAGUCAGACAAGGACAGCAUCCAGGAGGGGCAGGACAGCGACGCCGAGGUCUCCUUCAGUGAGGAGCCAACCCUGGCAGAAAUGGGCCCUGCCAACAGCCUAUACAGCAGCCUGGGGGAGCCCACCCCACCCCUGGGCCGGCCCCCGACUGCCCUGGGCAGCUUCGCGCUAGAGCACGGCGGUCUGGCAGGCCCGGAACCAUACCGAGAGCUGCGCCCUGGCAGCCCCUAUGGCAUCCCCCCGUCACCUGCUGCCCCGCAGAGCCUCCCUGGCCCCCAGCCCCUGCUGUCCAGUCUGGUGUACCCCGACACCAGCCUAGGCCUCGUGCCCUCAGGAGUCCCAGGCAGCACCCCAGCCAUAAGGGGGCUGGCGGGGAACGGACCCAGCUCCGACCUGUCCACGGGGAGCAGCGGGGGUUACCCUGACUUCCCUGCCAGCCCGGCCUCCUGGUUGGACGAGGUGGAUCAUGGUCAGUUCUGACGGAGGCCCGGCCACCACCAGCACUGGAUGUGAGGGGAGUGGCACUGUCCCCCAGGACCUCGGAGGGAGGCUGAGGACAUCCCCAGAGUACUGGUGUCUGCAGAGCCCGUCGCCUGACUCUCCUCAGCCCCUGGGCAGAAGGACAAAAGGACUGAAAGGACGCCAGAGGCAGGCAUGGCUACCUAAGGCUGUGCAGGAGCUGGGCCUGAGGCUGUGCUUUGUGAGCCAAUCUCUCCUUGGAGUACCUGAGCAUUUGCUGCUGGUUCAGCCCUGAAACACCUGGGGGUGUGCCUCAGUCUGACCUGCGACCCGCAUUUGGAAAUGCUUUCAGUCUGACUGUAAAUUUCCCCAGCUCCAAAUGUUGGUCCUUGACCCAUGGGGUGGGAAACCCACCCGCUUGUCCAGGCUGGGGUGGGAGGGGCCAUGCAGGUGUCCUCUGUGGCCAUGGACAAGACCCUGGAGGCCUGUCCUCUCCCUGGGCUCCCUGUCACCAGCUCCCCUCCCCCAGGUCUCUAUAGCCUUCCAUGGUAUUGAGCACCCUACUGGGGAGGUGGGGAUUCCUGGGGCCUCCCACGGAGCCCCCAGAUUGUACAGCGUCCAGGUUCUGCCCGGGGCUCUGUUUCCAAUCCGUGGGCCCUCUGGAGCCUUCCACCUGCGCUGGGAGAGGUGGAUGGAGGCGGGGCGGGGCUCCUCCAGGCGAUUCUGGGAGGUGCCGGCAGCCCAGCCUAGGUCGGAGUCAUUCCCAAAACAAAAAUCGGGCUACCUGUUGGUUCUGUGAACGUCCUGUGAC